AUGGCGUUGGCAAACUAUAGUCACCGUCGAUGGCUCUUUGGCUGUGGACCUCGAGUAGAAAAUUUCUUUGCUAGCCACACCACGGUUGCAGAGCAGGCCAAACGCGCUGGACCUCACUCUCUCCCUUCCCGUUCAUUUAGCCAGGUCCCACUGUUGUUCGCACACAAGCUCCAACGGCCAGCCCUGAAUGGCCCCGCCCUACGUCAAUAUGACAUUCGCCAAAAAUGCUCGUCGCGAAAUCCGAUCCGCACUACAUGGCAUUUUGCUGCCUGCCCGUUCGACAAAACGGACAUGAACCCCUCAACAGCAAGUCAUGACGUCGAACUAGCCUCUCCGAGCGCAUAUACAAGGGAAUGGGAUCAACUCUGGUUUGUCGGUAGUUGGGCACUCUCUGAAACCCUUUGCUUCUACCAAAAGUCUCCGAGUACAUCAACCGAACCUUCUUCCAAUAUGUUAUCCCAAGCUGCUAUGCAGGCAGAGAAGGCCAUGGGCCAUGAUGACAACAACACUACAGCCCAGGACGUUGCCAACCCAGCCAACAAAGAGGAGUGGGCGGAUCAUUCAGAGACUAUGAAGGCUCUGGCUUGGUUUGGCAAGAACGACGUUCGCGUCAUCGAUGCACCAAAGCCAGCAGUGAUCGAGCCCCGUGAUGUCAUUGUCAAGAUUACUGGAUCAACAGUGUGCGGCUCUGAUCUCCAUCUCCUCCACGGGUCGGUCGUAGAGAUGCAGAAGGGUGACAUCUUGGGUCACGAAUUCUGCGGUGUGGUAGACAAUGUUGGUAGCGCCAUCACCAGAUUUAAGAAGGGGCAACGAGUCGUUGCAUCCUUCCAGAUUGCUUGUGGUGAAUGUUAUUACUGCAAGCAGAAGCUAUCCUCACAAUGCGAGAAGACCAACUCAAACACCAUCGAAAAGGGCAUGUACGGUGGCCGAACAGCAGGCAUGUUCGGAUACUCUCACUUCACCGGUGGAUUUGCUGGGGGACAAGCCGAGUACACACGUGUUCCCUAUGGUGACGUCAAUCUACUCGCGCUUCCAGAUGAUGUUCCAGAUGAGCAAGGUCUCUUCCUGUCUGACGUCCUCUGCACAUCAUGGCACGCCGUCGUCGACACUGGAGUCAAGAAGGGCGAUGUUGUCGCCAUCUGGGGAGCUGGUCCCAUCGGUCAAAUGGCCGCUGAUUUCUCGCUCCUGAACGGUGCAAAGGAAGUGAUCAUGAUCGACCAAAACUGGCGUCUCGAUUUCGUCAAGCAAAAAUACCCCCACGUACGGACUCUGGAUUUCUCAACCCUCGCCAAGGGAGAGACGGUCACCUCCAAACUAAAGGAGAUGACCAACAAUCGCGGCCCCGACAUCAGCAUUGAGUGCGCUGCUGGCGAGUACGCCAAGGGUUGGGCCCACUACUUUGAGAUCAUGCUGGGUCUUGAGACCGACACCAGCGAGCUCGUGAACGAGAUGAUUGCCAGCACACGAAACUUUGGAAGUUGUGGCAUCACCGGCGUUUAUGUUGGUUAUACUAACCACUUCAACAUUGGCUCGCUGAUGGAGCGUGGUAUCCGCCUCAUCGGUAACGGUCAGGCACCGGUUCAUCUCUACUGGGAGUCACUACUCCAGAUGAUCCAAGAGAAGCGCAUUGACCCGUCCAAGAUGGUCACUCACCGCGUACGUCUCGAAGACCUGGACAAGGUCUACAAGAAGUUUGAGAACAAGGAAGACGGGAUGCAAAAGGUCUUUGUGGAGACAAAGUGGAGUUUCCCAGCAUGGAAGGGCAGCCCGGAGCUGACUAGGUAUUAA